CCUUAACAUACUUGUCUUCUUUGAAAUCAAAGUUAAAAGUUCUUUUUUUUUAAAAGAUACAUUGGCAUUCUAGCGAUAUUACAGCUACAGCUAGUUUUUGCUAUGGAAUUUUACCUUUCAAGACUGGGUCCUUGGGUUGAAACCCAUAGGAAGGACAUGCUGUGAAUAGCAGGGGUUGCACUGUAAAUGGUUGUGAUUACAUUUGCUUGCUGGUCUUGCCCCGGAUCGCUGUGAAUGGUCUAAAACAUACGUUUGAAAAAAGAUACGGAGGCCUAGACAUUUUCCUGCAAGAUCUUAAAAGAACUUCUGGCAAGAUUUAUAAGGAUGUAAAUAAGAAAACAUGCAAAAACAGCAAAAACGUUGAUUUAAAACCCUUAUUUGAUCAAUCUGUUGCGAACAAAACCCUCAUGCAGAAUGGUAUUACAUUGGCGACAAGUGCUGCUGCGGUAGCUUCGGAUGCUUUAAUUCUCCGUUUAAAGCUAAAUACACCAAGGACCACACCAACCGCUAUUCCUUCUGCUUUAGCCUCGACUACCCAAAGUUUAACAACAGAAAAUAAAUACAAAGACUACAUCAAUUUCUGUAAAGGCAAAUCGAAAAAGCAUGGGUUUGAUUUCAUGAGUGAUUUACAACAGGUUCUUGCAUGUAAGAACAUUAUAUUAUUCAAGGACUAUCAAUUUGAUCCCGAAUUACUCAAGCGUAUCGAUGUUGAAGAACAUUCUAUUAGUUUAAAGGCAUCUAUCAUAAACGACACCAUUAAAACUGAUGACGUAGUUUACUCAGAUUUGACCACAAUUUUAAGAGGAGUCAACCAAAAAACCGACCGAAGAGAUCUUAAAAUACAGUUGAACAAGUUAUACGAACGGGCGUCUAAAGAUGAUUCCAUGCUUAUUGAAGUGUUUUCCAAUUUGUCAAGCAAGCUUCCAAAUUUUGAAAGACUUGAGGCUAUAGGAGAACUCGAAUUAACAACCAAUUUUCUGGAUCCUAUUUUCUCCCCUCUGUUCCACCACCCUGCCGCAAACAAGCAUUUUAUCUGGUUAAAUAGACAAGACGAGAAUACGGGCGGCUUGAGGCCGGACGGAACCAUAGUCAGUAUUCCGAAGAAAGCCGAAAGCAUCACAUUAGGAUACUGUGAAGUAAAAGCGCAGGAUGUAGACGUAAAUUCCGUGCUGGCGUUUGCUGAUUUGGUCAGGCUAUCAACUUUUUCCCGUGAUCUGAUGUUAAGAAAAGAAAACAAAAAAGCUAUCUCGAUACAGGCAGUUGGUUAUAAAGUCAUAAUUUACUUUAUUGAAGAGGCUUUCCCGGAUGUCACAAUUAUGUACGAAAUCUUAUCGUUUAAUGGACCUAGGACAAUCUAUGAUAUUGCGGAUUUGAUUGAUACGGUGAAUCAAUUGAAAAGGGUUUGUCAUGCACUUGAUACAGAAUGCUAACUCGGAAUUUGCUUUUACAUCCUGCGCUUGUAUUUCACAAUAUUCUAAGGUUAUGCUUUCUGCUUUUUUUGGGAUGCUGACUAUGGCUCCGUCCGGCCUCAAGCCGCCCGUAUUUUCGUUUUGUCUAUUUAACCAGAUAAAAUGCUUGUUUGCGGCAGGGUGGUGGAACAGAGGGGAGAAAAUAGGAUCCAGAAAGUUGGUUGUUAAUUCGAGUUCUCCUAUAGCCUCAAGUCUUUCAAAAUUUGGAAGCUUGCUUGACAAAUUGGAAAACACUUCAAUAAGCAUGGAAUCAUCUUCAGACGCCCUUUCAUAUAAUUUGUUCAACUAUAUUUUGAGGUCUCUUCGA